AUGAUCAAGGGCCAAGCUGUGACUGACUUCAUAGCAGAGUUCACUACCUUGAAUGGCAAUAUCAAAGCAGAAGAAGCCUUAGCGGCCACACCAGUUCUAUCACCUGCCAAAGAUCUAGAGUCGGAAAGGAGGUGGAUCCUUUAUGUUGAUAGGUCUUCAAAUGCCAUGCGAGCUGGGGCGGGAAUUGUCCUAGUCACACCUGACGCUACAACUAUCCAGUAUGCCAUCAGGCUCAGCUUUAGGGCCUCCAAUAACGAAGCAGAAUAUGAAUCUCUGUUAGAAGGACUCAGGCUGGCUGCGAGUUUGGGGGUUCAGUCCCUUGAAGUACGAUGUGAUUCUCAACUUGUGGUGAACUAUAUCUCCACCGAGUACGAAGCCAAAGAAACCAGGAUGGUAACUUAUUUAGUCGAAGCUCGAAAAUUGAUCAAAAGUUUGAUUAUAACUCUUCAUCCUAAGAGUGGUUCCCAUGGUGGCGUUUCGAAGUUGGACUGGGAGACUCGAAUGAGAAUAGCUCUGGAAGCAGCCAGAGGUCUGGAAUACCUACAUGAAUAUGUCAGCCCCCCAGUGAUUCACAGAGAUUUCAAGAGCAGCAACAUCCUCUUGGACAAGAACUUCCAUGCCAAAGUUUCAGAUUUUGGCUUGGCCAAGCUUGGAUCUGAGAAAGCUGGAGGGCAUGUCUCCACCCGUGUAUUGGGCACCCAGGGAUACGUCGCUCCCGAAUAUGUGUUAACUGGACAUUUGACCACCAAAUCAGAUGUAUGCAGCUAUGGGGUUGUGCUCUUGGAGCUGCUCACAGGCAGGGUUCCGGUUGACAUGAAGAGGGCUCCUGGGGAAGGCGUUCUUGUAUCAUGGGCAUUGCCUCGGCUCACGGAUAGAGAAAAGGUUGUACAGAUCAUGGAUCCAUCAUUGGAAGGUCAGUAUUCGAUGAAGGAGGUUAUUCAGGUGGCAGCCAUUGCAGCAAUGUGCGUACAAGCGGAAGCAGAUUACAGGCCUCUAAUGGCAGACGUGGUGCAGUCACUGGUCGAUCUCGUGAAGCAUCGCAAGCCAACAUCAAAGGUAGGCAGCUGUUCUAGCUUUCAUACCACCAGGUCUCCUACAACUCCUACAGCCAGGUCUCCUACAGCUUCUGAAUGUGGGAAUGCAGGAUUUUGAAAUUCCAAGUUCUAUAACAUCAAAGACCUUGCUGUUUUCUCUAUCUAGAGGUAGUCUACCAUGGGCUGGGAUUGUGCUUGGGAGAGAAAUCCUUAGCUCUUUCUCCAGUAGCUUAUUUUGGUUUUAGCUUUGAUUAUUUUGGUUUAAUGGGUAGAAAGUUCACUAUUUCUCAAAAUUAAGCUUUGAUUGUAGGACUAACAACUACACUAUUUCUCCUAGUUAAGCUUGAUUGUAGGAAGCACUUGUUGAAGUGUCCGUUGGCCUCUGGCCAGCGUUUGCAUUGCA